AUGUCUCAGAUGGAAGAGGAAUUCUGUAAUUUAGAGGAUGAAGCUGCAGUACUUACUUGUAGCAGAUCUCCUAAAUCUAAGAAAAUAAAAAAAAGUGAUUCUCUUUCACCAAGAAAGAAUAAUGGUCAUUGGACAAAAGAAGAGCAUGAAAAAUACUUGUAAUUCUUGGAAGAUCAUUCCCAUCUAAAGAGAAAUAACAAAAUUUUCAAACCAAUGUCAGAAAUCAUUGGAACUCGCUCUCCUAGUUAAUGCAGGUAAUUUUUAAAGGAAUUAUUAGAUCUCAUCAUCAAAAAUUUAACCCUUUAUCACCUUAAGUUUAAAGGAGAUCUGUUAAAUUGAUUAAAAUAGACUAAGAUAUAAAAGUAUAAACGUAAUAGUAGGAGGAAACUAAUGAAACAAUAAAUGAUGAAAAUUAAAUAAAAAAUAGGGUUAGAUUAGUUAUGUAUGAUGAUGAAUUUGCUUAAGAUGAUAAUGAAUUUAAUUUAGAUGACUUAAUCUGA